GCCACCCGCCACUACUUCCGGCUCUGCGCCGUGACGCAGGGGCACGCUGGCGCCGCGGGGUUGCGCUCGACGUGACCCGGUACCCGGAAGCGAGGUGCGGCCGCCGGUGCCGCCGCCGUUCCCGUCAUGUGAAGCAGCGGGACCGGCUCCCCCAGUCCCGCAGGAGCGAUGGAGCCCACGGCCUCGCAGGUGUUCUGCGGGCGGGUGCUGGGCAUGGUCAACGCCGAGGACGUCAACGCCAUCAUCCUGGCCCAGAAGAACAUGCUGGAUCGCUUUGAGAAGACCAACGAGAUGCUGCUCAACUUCAACAACCUCUCCAGCGUCCGCAUGCAGCAGAUGAGCGAGCGCUUCCUCCACCACACCAAGACGCUGGUGGAGAUGAAGAAGGAUCUGGACGGCAUCUUCCGGAGGAUCCGGGCGCUGAAGGGGAAGCUGGCGAAGCAGUACCCGGAGGCCUUCAGCAACAUCCACGAGUCUCCCAUCCUGGAGGACGACGACGACUUUGACCCCAUCCCCAAGAGCACCACGACCACCAUCGCUACCUCGGAGCAGAGCACGGAGUCCUGCGACACCAGCCCCGACGUCAUCUCGCCCACCACGAGCCAGGAUUUCGAGGAUUUAUCCCAAGGCCAGUACGAUUUACGGGCCGUGAACGGACAGAGUCUCACAGACGAGGACACAGCCGAUGGCCUGGACUAGGCAGCGGGUCCCUGCGGAACUUUGGGCGCUGUGUGCAUAGGGGGGUCUCUCUUUGCCGGGAAGAGGGAUGCGAAGGCGGGUGCUGGACGGGGCCACCCC